AUGAAGCAGAGUACUCGACUCAGCUCCGCUGUUUUUCAGCUCACUCCAACUCGGACGAGGUGUGAUUUGAUCAUCAUAGCCAAUGACAAGAAAGAGAAAAUUGCUUCAGGAUUGCUAAACCCAUUUCUUGCACAUCUAAAGACCGCUCAAGAUCAAAUUGCUAAAGGUGGUUAUUCAAUUUUGCUUGCACCAGAUAAAAGCAGUGAUGCCGCAUGGUUUACAAAGGCCACUCUGGAAAGAUUUGUUCGUUUUGUGAGCACCCCAGAGGUUUUAGAACGUGUCUAUACAAUUGAAAAUGAGAUCAUACAAAUUGAGGAGGGAAUCACCUUACAGAGAAGCAGUGGCAAAGCUUUGCCUGUUUCUAAUGAGGAGAAAGCAAUUGUCCUUUACACGGUGACUAGGCAAUCAGUAUGUUCUUUCCUGAUUCACUCAGUGACAUGUUUUGUGACUUACUCGCAAUUUUUCUUACAGCCUGGAGAAAUGCUACCUGAGACCAAUGGGUCGUGUUCGCCUGAGGAAAACUCGAGGGUUCAGCUUCUUAAAGUCCUUGAGGCCCGUAAAACAGUGUUGCAAAAAGAACAAGGAAUGGCCUUUGCACGUGCUGUGGCAGCAGGUUUUGAUAUUGAUUGCAUGGAACAUCUUAUAUCAUUUUCUAACUGCUUUGGAGCCUUGCGUUUGAUGAAGGCAUGCUCAAAAUUCAUUGAUCUGUGGAAGAGUAAGCAUGAAACUGGACAAUGGCUUAAUAUUGAAGAAUCAGAAGAUUUGCCCGCUCGGUCAGACUUCUGUGCAAUUAAUUCGUCCGGCAUUAUUAUCAAUGAUUCACUUAAACAGGAAGAGUCCAAUCACAAGCUGAACUCUGAAAAUAAUGGGAAAUCAGGCUCAACAAAUAAUCCUGCCCCAAACAGUAAGCAAGAAUUACAAGGACAAUUUCCUCAUAUAGUAUUUCCUCCAUGGCCUAUGCAUGCCGCAGCUGGCGCGUAUCCAGUAUUUCCAUCAUAUCCCCCUCCAGGAAUGCCGUAUUAUCAGACUUACACAGGCAGUGGGCCCUUUUUUCAGCCACAUCAUCACCCUGCAGAGCAUUUCUUGUCUCAUCAUGGUCCUAAUUCAGGAUACAAAAGACAAUCCCUUGAUGUUAGCAACAGUUAUACCUUACCAGAGACGAGGGACGUUGACGGAACUAGAUCAUCAGGUGACAUGACAUCAGAUGAAGAAGUGUCAUAUUGUCAGAAACAAAACAAAAGAACUGGAGGUUCCAACAAAAAGCAACCAGGCAAAGUUGUGAUUCAAAAUAUUAAUUAUGUCACUCCUAGAGAGAAGAAAUCCAACAGUGAAACAGAUUCUGAUUCCCAACCGGACAUUUGUAGAGAGAACAAAUACUACAAAGUUAUUGAUGCAAAUCAUCAGAACAAGAAGAGGUCUUCCAGAAAUGGAGGAAGCCAGGUCAGCAAUGAUGAGGUCUCUAAUGCACAACAGGAUGGUGACAACAGGCACUGGCUGGCAUUUCAAGACUGUUUGUUGAGAGGAAGUGACGAAGGUGCUAAUGCUGCCGGUGAGGGCAUGUUCACAAUGGAAAGGGAUGUGAAGAUGCAGAGAUACAAAAACAUUGCAACUGAAAACCCAUUAGCACUUUCUGUGCGGGAUAGAAGUGAAAUACGAGGAGAUAUGACUGGGGACAUGAACAGGAUCCAUGGAAGUGCAUCUCGUAAGCUUAGAGGAUCCGGCGACCAAUUUAUACUUUCCAGUGCUGAUAGUGGCUUCACGAGAGAGAAUGAUCAAACAGAUGUUCAAUUUAAUGAAAGUAAUGGAAGAAAGAUUUUAUUUAAAACAGCAAAAGAAGAUUUUAUGAUUGUGAGUAAGGGUGACCAAGCAAAUUUCAGGAAUUCAUUCGGCCCAAUAGCUAUGAUUAAUUUGGAGAGUGGCACCACAAGAAUAGAUAGAGACUCGAAUAGAAUGAGUGAUGAAACUUUGGCUGUCCCCUUUAGGUUGACGUCGUCAGAUCAAGUUGGAGGAAUAGAUAGAACUGCUAUUGAUAUGGAUUUUGAAAUUCCCACAAAAAGUCAAAAGUUGGGCUCAGAGAGAAAUGUGAAGCAAGUAAACUAUGUAGCUAAUGAUUUGAGCUUGAUGCCUGAACGGGAGACUGAUAAGAGGUCUAUUGGAUACGACAUUGGUCUGGAGUAUGAAAUUCAGAUGUGUGCACAAGCCUCGGAUGAGAAAGGUAAAAGGAAAAUUAGUGAUGUGAGGGGUAAGUUACGUAAAUCAGACAAGAACAGGAGGUCAAUGGCUGCAUCAGACCCUCAUAAACAAAGAAGUGGAGGCCCUGUCAGGAAUGUCAGACCGUCAAUGAUGAGUUCCUUAGAAGAUGCGCGGGCCCGUGCUGAAAGACAAAGGUCCUACAAAGCAGACCUGCAGAAAAUGAAGAAAGAAAAGGAAGAGGCAGAAGCAAGACGACUUGAAUCGUUAAAGCUGGAGAGGCAAAAGAGAAUUGCAGCUAGAGUCGGAUCCAACUCUGUAAAGCCAUCCGCCCUAUCCCGUCAGACAAAACAAUUGCCCACGAAAGUUUCUCCUACAACGAAUAGAGGAUCUAAAUUCAGUGAUGCAGAGGCCGGGACAUCAUCUCCCUUACAGAGAUCCAAGGUCAGAAUUCCACUGGAAUCAAGUGAGACACAUAAAACCUCCAUAGGAAGUAAAAUAAGUGAUGGUACCCAAAAGCCAGGGAACAGGUUAAUAAGGUCCUUGUCAUCUUUGUCCGAGGCAAAACGAGAAAAGAGUGGUGUGACUCCUGAUUCUAAGGCUUCUAUAUCUAGGAUUAGAAGGUUGUCAGAGCCCAAAACAGUCCCCAAAUCUCCAGUUACUACAGUGAAAGCUCGAAGUGCUGAAACAGUUUUAAAACGGAAGUUGUUCGAAGGGGCUGAAAUGAACAAAGUAUCUGCUAUCAUUGAUCUUGAUCGAAGUAAGGCUGCAACUCUACCUGAACUGAAGAUCAAAACACCCAAGUCACAUGUAAAGACUAGCGAGAAAAAUUCAGAAGUAAAGGACAUGCAGAUUACAAAUGGAGUGAAGCCUUCUGCAUUCUGUGGAAAUGCUGAACUAAGUGCAAGUACUUGUAAUACAUCACAUCAGAUUGAUGCAGAUGACAACCCCAUUGUUGAGAAAACUGUUUUGGUCUUCGAGUGUGAGAGGCCUUCUGUUCCUACUUUGCAUUCAUCAGAAGCAAAGCCUCAGGUAUGGAGUCAACAGUCGAAUAAUGGUAUCCAAGCAGAGAAAGGUAGUGUGACAUCUGAGUUGGCUUCCCUACAUACUUCUCUCUCAUACAAGGAUGAAACUGAUAAAGAACCUCGCAGACAAAAGGAAUCUGAUCAUAAUGAGGUGAAGACUGUCUAUUCAGAGAAGGAUCCUCCCGCCUCUGCCAAAAUCGCAAAUGCUGAAAAUCCAUACCGAGCUCCCUAUGCCCGCGUCUCCUCUUUGGAAGACCCUUGCACUCACAAGACAGAGUAUAGGAAAGCAUCACAAGGAAGUGCUGAAGUGGUAUCAUGUGCUGAAAGAACUGUCAGAACACUAGUGCCUGAUGUAAAAACUACUAAAACAGUGAAAGAUCAUGCACAUUUAGAGAAGGUUUCCAUGAAGGAAUCACCGAAAGGUUUUAGGCGGCUCCUGAAGUUUGGAAAGAAAAAUCACACUUCAUCAAUAGAUCAAAGUAUUGAUUCAGAGUGUACCAGCAGUGGCGUUAUUGAGCAGGAAGAUAAUGCACGAAAAAUGGCUUCAACAAGUGAAGUUGGCACAUUAAAGAAUCUAAUCUCUCAAGAUGAAACCUCUGGCAAUGUGCCACAAAAGUCAACUCGGCAUUUCUCUUUUUUCUCACACUUUCGGGGUAAAACAAGUGAAAAGAGAUAA